UAAAACCGAGCGCACCUCUUCCACUACGAUCCGUUGACAUUUCUAGCAUGCACACAGCUUUCGCUCUCCGACAAAGACAGACGCGAAACGGAAGUCGGGUCGAGAUGGAGAGCAGCGGCUUCCAGACUCAGCUGCUGUCCGUCAUGGACGUCCUAGCGAAAGCAGCCGUUGCGGAGAUUAACCGGCGUGUGGAUGACAGCUGCGCGGUGCUGCGGCUGGAGGUGAGCCGGAGCCGGAGCGACAUCGACCUGCUGAAGAGGAAGUGUGAGGUGAUGGAGGCAGAGCUCCGGAGGACCAGGAUGAGAGCCAGGAGGAAAGGUGAGCACGUGUUUUAUCCUCCAGCAGCAGAGAUAUUUUCUCCUUUAGUCAAAGUAGUUUUAAACAAAGAGAGGCAGAUCACAGCCUGGGACAGACAGGUGCACAGUGAGGCUCAAACUCAACCCCAGCAGUGUGCAGACGAGGAGCCUGUUAACGAAGCUGAAGCCGUGCACAUCAAAGAGGAGUGUGCAGACGAGGACGUGUGGAAGAACGACGCAGAGGACAAGCUGAUCUCUGGAGCCGAGCAGCCGCCAUGCUUCGAAGCCUCACAACCCGCCCAGACUGACAGCUUCGUAGAGCGUUACGACUCAGCCGAGAACGCAGCCGACCCCGGAGCUCUGGUUUCCCCGACAGACGGCUAUGACACAUUCCCGGAGCAGCAGCAGCAGCAGCUGAACAGAAACCAAAGUGAGGCAGAACCCUUAGUGAAACACGAGAAAGAGGAAGAGCCCGACGAAAACGCAGCUCCUCUCGAUUCAGGCCAGUUUACGAUGGAGGAAGCUGACGGACAGCUGUGGACGUCCGAUCUGGGCGGAGACGCCGCCGAUCCGAGUUUCUCCUACACGGGACAUCAGUACGAGCAGAUCCCUUCUGUAUUCACCUCUCUGAGCGGUUUGGUAGAUAUGGUACCCAGAAUUCACUCAGUGGGGAAGUCACAUUCUGUCAUGGUGAGCGCGGCUCGGGCGAAAAGACGAGCCAGGACGUUCGGUUUUAAGAGAGCGCAACAAGACGAAGGACACGGCACUUUAUCCCAGAUUAACUCCAUGGAUCCGAGCUCGAUCCCUCCACCGACACCGCAUCAGUACAGGGACUCCGCACCUCACAUGAGGAACCCGAACGAGGAUCCGAUGGUGCCGAACCCAGCAGCGUCCGCGUCCUUCGGGCACGGGCGCAGCAGCAGCAGCAUCAGCAGCAUCAGCAUCAGCAGUGGCGGCGGCGGCUUCGGCCUGGUGAGGAGAAUGAGGACGCCCUGGAGAUCGGGCAUCGGCGAGAAGAGGUUCAGCUGCACGUACUGCGACAAAAGCUUCAUGAGGUUCAGUCAGCUCAAAGAACACCUGAGAAGUCACACGGGAGAGAAGCCGUUCAGCUGCAUGCAGUGCGGGAGGAGCUUCACCAAGCAGUGCAACCUCAUCAGACACGCCGUGGUCCACAGCGGCGAGAAGCCCUACGAGUGCUCGCUGUGCGGGAAAUGUUUCACGCAGCGCUCCAGCCUCAAGUCCCAUCAGAAAACAGCACACUGACUUCAGUCCGGACUAACUUUCUUAAUAAAUAAAGAAACAUUCCACUAUUUUUAAAUCUCUAAAGGACACGUUGAUAUAAAACCAAUAACUUAAAAGUUUAAAGUUUAUCUGAUUUGUUCUGUGUGAAUUAAACCAACAAUGACUCUACCUGUCAA